AUGGCGAUGAGGGUGAAGACAUUGGUUUCAAGGACAAAUCAAGCUUUGCGCGUAUCAAAAACCGGAGCAGCAGUUAAAACGAUGAAGUCACGUAUCAAUUUAGCUGGACGUGGAAUUAACUGUGAAACUGAUUACGGGAAGCAUAUGAAUGAUUUGUCAAGACAAAUCUUUACUGAACCACCAAGAGAAACUGAAUCAAAAAAUCUGAAAGUUGUUAGAGUAAUGUCUGAAGAACCACUAGAACAACAGCCUUUCAAAUCAAUUGAUUAUUAUCCAAACCAACCAAUGUUUCACUAUUUAACGAAACUUCUAAGAUUUCAUGGUCUUUAUUUUGAUGAACAUGUAGUUUGGAGAGAAGUACAGAAUCGGCUGAAACUAGCGCGAGGAAAAAUGCUGUAUCCUCCUAUUGGACAAGGCAAAAGAGCUCAGCUGAGAGGGGACAAAAAGUAA